UUUUUUUUUUCCGCCACCACGCAGCUGGGGUUAGAGUUCAGUAAAUAUUGAUGAUGUCAUCGUCUGAAGAUGGCUGAAGGAGAAGGCUGGUGGGGAGGCUGGCUCCAGCAAAGCUUUCAGGCCGUCAAAGACAAGUCAUCUGAGGCUUUUGAAUUCAUAAAGAGAGACUUAACAGAGUUCACCAACGUGGUGCAACAUGAUACUGCCUGCUCCAUCGUGGCCACAGCCAGUGCUGUCAGAAACAAACUUGCGGUGGAGGGCUCCUCGGAGACCACAGAAAAGGUGAAGAAGAGCCUGUCUAGUUUCUUAGGGGUGAUAACGGACACACUUGCCCCGCCCCCUGAUAAAACCAUUGACUGUGAUGUCAUCACCCUGGUGGCAACUCCAGCGGGAACUACGGAGGUCUAUGACAGUACCAAGGCACGUCUCUACAGUCUACAGGCCGACCCUGCUACAUACUGCAAUGAGCCUGAUGGUCCCCCAGAGCAGUUUGACAACUGGCUCUCCACCUUCAGUCUGGAGGAGAAGAAAGGAGAAAUCUCAGAGCUUUUGGUCAACAGUCCCUCUAUACGAGCCCUAUACACCAAAAUGGUGCCAGCUGCUGUAGCCCAUUCAGAGUUCUGGCAGAGAUAUUUCUAUAAAGUCUUCCAGUUGGACCAGGAGGAGGCCAGGAGAGUGGCACUGAAGCAGAGGGCAGAACAAAGCACCCACACAGAGACCCUGGGCUGGGAGGAGGAGGAUGAGGAUGACUUCCUCGGUGCCACAUCAUCAUCUCGACUGGACUUCACGCCCCCACUGGACGACAGCACCAGCCAGAUGCCCACAAACUCAACGGCUGCCACAACAGCAACCCUGCUCAGCCCCGCCCUGUCCCCAAGUGGAGAGCGUGACGCCACUCUCUCAAUCAGCAGCGACAGCACCAGCCUACCGACACAGGUGGAGGUGAGGCCGGAGCCUGUCGCUGCCGAGCUGGCCAAGAAGCUGACAGAGGCGAGCCUGGAAGACACGGCGGACAAGACGCAGGAGGAGCAGAGGCCUGGGAAGAGCGGCGUGCAACUUGAGGGCCGAGCAGAGGCCGAGGUCACUGUUGACGGGGCUUCAGUGCAGGCUCCUGCGCCCGCCUCUAAACCCGAAAACGCAAAGGAAGAGGGGCCACAGGACCUGAGGGUGUUUGAGCUGAACUCAGACAGCGGGAAGUCAACGCCCUCAAACAAUGGCAAGAAAGGGUCCAGCACUGAUGUGAGCGAGGACUGGGAGAAAGACUUUGACCUGGACAUGACAGAAGAAGAGGUUCAACUGGCGCUCUCUAAAGUGGAUGCUUCCGGAGAGCUGGAUGAAGACUGGGAGAACUGGGACUGAGAGCCGCUGCAGUACAAACUCUGUCCCUCCAUUAAAGCUAGUUCUCGGCAGAUGAACCAUGCUUAACGUGUUUUAACUCUUUGUCCACGCUGUCACCAUGUCACGAUCGCCAGUAGGGGAACGUCCAUCGGGUUUGGACCAUAUUGCUGAACCUGUUGAAAAAGAGCAACGGGGGAGACCAAUGCAAUAAGAAUUAGACUGCUCUGUCAGCUGUCAAGUUAGCGCAAAUAGGCCGCUAGCAAGGGUUAUGACUCAGUUCUUGGUUAUUUCCUGGAGUAACUUCUGACUUAGAGAGCAUAAGACACUAGUAAUAGACAGAGGAUGUGAUCGUUCUGACUAAAAGCAAAGGGACAUCCAUUGACUAGUCAGAAUGUGAGAGGUUUCGCCACAGCAGGGGAGGAGCUGUAUUCUCUUUAUCAUUUCUGCCAUUAAAUACAUGAUGUAUGUUGGGCAAUGACUUUAACUUCAGGCUGCAAAAUAGCCAUAAACUCUAACACUGCUUGUCACCUUUCUAAGAUGAAAUGCCUUGCAGGUGAUCUUUGAGUGAUGGUUUAUUGAUUUAAUUCUUGCUGUCCAUGUGGCCCCCCUCACAGUGGUUCGGUAACAUAUUUAUCUUAUGCAAGUGAGUUUUCAAGAUGGAAAACUAUUCUGGCCUUCAAGUAGUGCUUCUCAUUUUGGACGGAUUCACUCCCAAACUCUUAGAUAAAUGGCCUUGUAAGACACACAGUAGUGUGAUUAUGUUAUCCAAAUGUUUUUUGUUACAUGUCAGUGAUCAGUGCUAACACGAUCAUGUUCAGCAGUUUCCCUCUUUGUCACUGUUUUCCUUUUUCAUGUCAGGAGAUUGAUGUGAGCAUAUCUCAUCGCAGGCUACAUGUCAUUAAUUUGUGUCACUUUGAUUGUUCACUUCUUUAAGUCUUGUCUGUUUGUGUUUGGGGAGAGGGAGCUCAUUAAUUGUCAAUCAUUGAGGGAAGUCAUGUUUGACUCAAUAAAGAGAAUGCAAACUGGUCCAGGUGUCAUGAUACCAGAGUCUCCAGAUCAAAAUAUGGGUAGCAUCUCUUUGUUACUUACUUGUGUAGUACAUUACUGAUCUCUCUAGUUUUAAGUUUCUCUGCUCACUUCUCUGAAUGGAAAAGAAAAGCUCAGCAAGCAGCACGCCAAGUAGGCCAAAGGGGCAAUGGGAGCACACUCCAUGCUUUCAUGAUUUUCCUUUCCCAUCAUCUGUAGUGUAACUGAAAAAAAAAAGAAAAGAAAAUAAGCAUAGGGAUGUACUAUUUAUACUGAAAUAAUUGCUUCAUUAUAGUAUUAUGUGCUUUGUAUUGCAUGUCUGUGCAAUAACAUGCAAAACGUGCAGAUGGUAACUGUUCAGUUGUAUGUUUUUCUGGUAAAGACAUUUGCUGUUUCUUUUUUUUUUCUUUUUCUUUUUUUUUUGUGUUAUGACAAUGUGUUGCAUGUCUACAAUUCUUUAUGUAUUCACUUCAAAUUUGCACUUCCAACUAAUCAAAGCUGUUCUUAACAUCUGUUUUCAAAGCUGUUUCUUUCUUUUGUAAGUCAAGUAUUUUUCUCUAUUUUUCAAAGGAUCAUUGUCAUUAAAGAAUCCAUGGCAACUG